AUGUCUACUUCGGCUCCCAAAGAUCUGCAGGAAGCUACUGCUACCACUUCUUCAACCACCGAAGUAAACCGAACGCCUAUCGCUUCCGACGAAAAUCUGGCAUGUCAAUGGGAAAGGUGUUCAGAGCGGUGCGUCUCUGCAGAGGCGCUCUUUGAGCAUAUAUGCGAGAAACACGUAGGACGGAAGAGUACAAACAACCUAAAUCUCACAUGCGGCUGGGCUUCUUGCCGUACCACAACGGUUAAACGAGACCAUAUAACCUCCCAUAUUCGAGUUCAUGUUCCGUUAAAGCCUCAUAAAUGCGAUUUCUGCGGGAAAGCUUUCAAACGUCCCCAAGACUUGAAAAAGCAUGUCAAGACCCACGCAGACGAUUCAGUGCUCCUUCGAUCACCCGAGGCCGACGGCAGAAUAAACUCAAGAGGCAUCAGCAAAGUAAUCGAUGCACUUCAAUAUCGAGGAGCAUCAUCGGCCUUUUACGACCAGGGGGUCACAAUGCCUGGUAGUCACUCUCCUUUUGGUAACGUACAUCAAUCUGCACAAAAUAGCUUCUAUGCGCAGCAGCAACAGGCCCCAUAUGGCCCCGUUUACUAUCCAAACAGUCACGGAUCCGAUAACACGCACCACAACUCGUACGAUAAUCGCAAGCGUGGAUAUGAGACAUUAAAUGAGUUUUUCGGUGACGCGAAACGCAGACAAAUUGAUCCAACCUCCUACACACAAGUUGGUCAGCGUUUGAUGGCCUUACAUGGCCUCCCUAUAAACCAAGGUGGAAUGUCGGACUACAUGCCAACUAGCUCCCCUUUGGUCUCUGUCGUCAAUCAAAAUGGAGGUAAUCAGGGUAAUAUCCCUCAACACCAAUACGCUUUACCCCUCCCAAAUUUACGGACGAAAAAUGACCUUAUGAAUAUCGACCAAUUUCUUGAGCAAAUGCAAUCAACCGUUUAUGAGAGUUCCAAUGCAGCAGCAGCAGCAGGUGUUCAUCAACCAGGUGCUCAUUACACUCAUGCUGGCGUGAACUUUCGCCAAAGCCAAUCGCCUCCUCACACCAAUAUUAACCACCUUGGACAAAUGAACGGCAAUGUGUCAUCUCCUCAUUCCACGUCUAUGAUGUCUAGUCAUCCAUCAACACAGUCGAACUCCACCAGUACUCCUGCCCUAACUCCAUCUUCAAGCACUUUGUCUUACACAUCCGGCCACUCGCCGGUAUCAUCGCACGACAUGUCGCCUGUAGCUAGGAAUAGCACAAUCACAUCGUCAUCAUAUCCGAGUCUGCCUUCAGUUUCUCUUGGAUAUCAAUCUCAUUCAACCGCCACCCCCACAUCAGCAUUAGGUCCAAAUUUUGAAAAUGAUUUGCGUCGUCGCUAUUCAGGUGGAAUGCUGCAGCAGAGUUCUAAACCCGGAGUACGUGAGGAAUUGAAUACUGUAGAUGAUUCGCCUACCUCCACUUCUGUUGAUAAAAUUGAUGGUGUGAGUCACGCUAAUAAUAUUGAUCCAGCUCUCUCGGAAGUAGGCUCACCAAUCGAACAAUCAGAUAGUGAUGAUAGCGCUCGGGACCGAGCAGAAGAGACCUGGAUAGAAAACAUUCGUGUGAUAGAGGCCUUACGUAUGAUGGUUAGUGAUCGAUUACGGCGCAAAGAAUAUGAGAUUGAUGAUGACGUUUCAAUGACUGGUGUUUUGCAAAAAAUAAGUGAGAACGAGGAAAGGAGAACCGAGAUCUUAUACCCUACACUGCGUGUUUCUGAUGAUUAA